UGAAGGAAUUUUUUAUUAGAGAAUGGCAGAAAAGAAUAAGCAAAAGGGUACUUCUUCUUCACUUGGUUCUCAAAUCUUUGAGUCUAAAAUAUGUCACCCUUCUGCAGGAAUUUAUGGCUCCAUAUUUUCAACUCAUUCACCUAAGAUUUUAAGAAGAGAAUCUGUGCGAUUUGAAGCAAGUGGCAGCAAAACUAAGAAAGAGACAGUGAACUCUAAAGUUGAAACUCAAGGAAUAGAUAGCAUCUUUAAGAACAACAAUGGUGGAGCUCAUAACACAAAAAACACAGACAUUUCUUGCUUGUACCAGAAUCAUAAUGUUCAUACAUGUCAUCUAAGUUCAUCAAUUUUUUAUGGUGGCCAAGAUAUAUAUCCUCAAACUCAAAGUUCACAAAAUGCUUCAUUCAACUCCUUGUACAAUAAUUAUGGAGGAGAAGAUGAUUCAGAAAUGGCUACAAGAGGGGACUGGUGGCAGGGAGGUCUCUAUUAUUAAUAUCAUCAAUGCCUACUCUAAGACUAUGCUUCAUCAGGUGCAUGGCAUUAUAGUUAAACCUAGUUCUAAAGAUGAAGCAAAGUGGAGUCAAAAUAUUAUGGAAAACUAGUUGUGUUUGCAAACAAAACACAAUCAUUUGCAACUUCUU